UCGCAGCGUGAGAUCUCCGCCAUCGUUGUCCCUUUCCAUUGCAGAAGGGCACGGAGAGGCCGACAGCGGGGAAAGGAGUAUUGCAUGAAUUAAAAAGAGACCGGUCUUGCUAAAACUCCGUACCAACAGUAGGAGAGUAGCCAUGUUGUCAAGACUGGUGCUGGUGUCAGCCUCUGCCCUGAAAAGCAGUGCGCCUCUUGGUGCUGGUCUAGUGCAGGCAUCCCGCUCCUUCCACACAGCCCCGCAGUGUCUGGCUCCGGUGCCGCCGCUGCCGGAGAAGGGAGGCAAAGUGCGCUAUGGGCUCAUCCCUGAGGAGUUCUUCCAGUUUCUCUACCCCAAGACUGGGGUCACAGGCCCCUACAUGCUAGGGACGGGUCUCCUGUUGUACCUGCUGUCUAAAGAGAUCUACGUUAUUAACCACGAGACAUUCGCUGCCGCCUCUAUUGGUAUUGUAAUUGUUUAUGGCGUGAAGAAGUUUGGUCCUACAGUGGCAGCCUUCGCUGACAAACUGAAUGAGGAGAAGGUGGCGAAAGCACACGAAGUGAAGGAGCUGGCCAUGAGUAGCCUGCAGCAGGCCAUCGAGAGCGAGAAGAAGGAACAGUGGAGAGCUAAUGGGAGGCACAUGCUCUUUGAUGCCAAGAGGAACAACGUUGCCAUGUUGCUGGAGACCAACUACAGGGAGAGGCUGCACAUGGUUACCAACGAGGUGAAGAAGCGCCUGGACUACCAGAUCGACGUCCAGAGCCUGCAGAGACGCAUGGAGCAGGAGCACAUGAUCAACUGGGUGGAGAAGAGUGUGAUUCAGAGCAUCACCCCCCAGCAGGAGAAAGAGAGCAUUGCGAAAUGUAUCACUGAUCUGAAAUUGCUGGCCAAGGCAACUCAGGCCCGAGCAACUGUCUAACACAGCACUUCAUUCUUAUGGGAGACCUUGGAAACCACCUGCUCUCCUAUGUGUCUGAUCAGAUAUCCACUGCGCUUAAUUAUAAAUAAAUUGUUUCCUCUAAAA